GGCGGCCGCUGCGCAAUCCGGAUCUAAGCCUGUAGUGUUUACGUUUAGUGACAGUUGUGCGUUUCAGCAUCACUGGGCGGCUUUCACAAGAAUUCUUGGCCUUCCAUCAUGUCGGAGUCUUAUGAUUUCUUAUUUAAGUUCCUGGUAAUUGGGAGUGCUGGCACUGGCAAAUCCUGCCUUCUUCAUCAGUUUAUUGAAGGCAAAUUUAAGGCAGAGAGCAACCACACCAUUGGAGUGGAGUUUGGGUCUAGGAUUGUCAAUGUUGGCGGCAAAUCAGUCAAGCUGCAAAUAUGGGACACUGCCGGUCAGGAAAGAUUCAGGUCAGUAACUCGGUCCUACUACCGUGGAGCAGCUGGAGCAUUAUUGGUAUAUGACCUGACCUCCCGUGAUAGUUAUAAUGCUCUGGGUAAUUGGCUAGGUGAUGCACGAACUCUGGCGUCUCCUAAUAUCAUGAUCCUGUGUGUUGGGAACAAAAAAGACUUGGAGGAAGAACGACAAGUGACAUUCAUGGAAGCUUCACGAUUUGCCCAGGAGAAUGAGUUAAUGUUUAUGGAAGCCAGUGCUUUAACGGGGGAAAAUGUCGAAGAAGCUUUCUUGAAGUGUGCAAAGAGUAUCCUCGCGAAGAUAGAAACAGGUGAGCUGGAUCCAGAGAGGAUUGGCUCAGGCAUUCAGUAUGGUGAUGCUACACUCCGUCGACUUAAUCGAGCAAACAACCAGCGACCUAAAGCUGGGGCUGAAUGCAUGGGCUCUUCCUGUAGGAUUUGAAUGUUAUGUCUAUAUUAGUUCUAUAUUGUAUUGCUUGCCUAUGAAAUUUUUAGGGUUUGUUGAUUGAUACAGGUGUUGCCAGUCUACUUAAUACUGUAACAUCUAAUUGAGCCAAGUUUAUGAUGGUGUUCAUCUAUGUUAGGGCAGGACUGUCACCAAGACUGAAUUAGUUUAGUCAGAUUUUGAGUGGUACAGUAUAUUUAUUUAAUCACAUAGCCUCUAAGGCAUAUUAUUUUAAUAUUUAAUUUUUUCUAAUAUGCUCCAUAUUUGUAGACUGAAAUUGAAAUUCAACA